CGACCGUAAAACAUUUGCUCAAAAAUGGCGCGCUCAGUUGACAGAAUGGCUCAGCCAGCAGACAAGAAGAAAAUGCGGCUUGUUGUGGUCAGCUGUAGCAGAACAGGCACGCUAGGCCUCCAUGAAGCCUUGGAAAUGCUCGGUUAUACUCCAUACCACAUGAUUGACCUGAUGACCAAAGGUGGGAGGCCUCACAUCAAGGCCUUCACAGAGGGUAUCAUUGCGCAGAAUAAUCGACUCGCAGCGAUCAAGAGAUACGAGACGCCUGAUCUUGAUAGAUGGGUGGGCAGUUAUGAUUGCUUGAUGGAGAUCCCAAGUUAUGUUGGACUUCGGUCCCUGGAAACCUACAUGGAAGACCCCGAAGUCAAGUUCAUCCUGACCGAGCGCUCGCCUGACAAAUGGGUCAAGUCAUUCAACAACACAAUUGGUGAGGCAAUCAAGGCAGCGGACCAGCUCCCAAUAAGCAUUCUGAAGCAUUUUGAUGCGGAGAUGGGCGAAUUCUUCCACCUCGCCCAAGUGAUGUACUGGGCUUAUUCAGAUGGCACAAACCCUGGACACCCGGACAAUGAGGCGGCUCUCCGCAAGAACUAUGUAGAAUACAUUCGAACUGUCAAGCAGACGCUGCCAGAGGAUAGGCUUCUCGUCGUUAGGCUUGAGGAUGGUCUUGGCUGGGAGCAGAUAUGCCCAUUCCUAGACGUACCAAUCCCAGAGCAGAAGUAUCCUCGUGGAAAUGAGCCCAAUGUGUUUCAUAAGAUUGUGGAGAAAUAUUUGGACCCCAGGGUCAAGGCGGCAAUGAUAAAUCUGGGCACCACGGUUGCGGCGGUCGCUGGGAUAGGGGGAUACCUGGCAUGGAAGGUUUGUCGGGCGCACUAGACUCAGCAGCUGCCUUUCCAUAGUAUAUAAAACCAGACUGUCUCAUCGGGGUGGAUUUAAAGUAGUUUACGAACGGUGGGGGAUAGUUUAUGUCCGUUAAUGUUGCUUUAGCGCGAUGGCGUGAUUUUGCUUAUUUUUGACUCAUCGACCGGAUUGAGUGGAGCAAUUCCGAGCUACCACUCCGUAGGAGGACAUAAAUAGGGUGUUCUAGUUUAAUUUAUUAAUCCAUGUAAGUUAGCUUGGUGA